AUGAGCAAAGACGUCUUUCCACUAUUAGAUCUUCAGGAACUUGUUGUGUGUCUUCAAAGCUGCGAUUUUGCGCUUGCCAAUGAGGAGAACAUAGCUAGACCAUCUUCCAAGUAUGUCGUCACACUAUAUAAGCAAAUCAUAGACAGUUUCUCUGGAAUAUCUCCCGAUACACUCAUAAAUAAUGGAGAGUUGCUUCUGGAGUCGAGCGGAACUCAUAUUGACGAUGAUCCAGUCUAUAGAGAUACGCUUCAAAUGCUUACGCUGAACAAGAUCUGCUUCAAGUUCUUCGAGGACGUAGGCGUCCCAGAUUUCAAUAUGAUGGACCUCUACAAGCCCGAAGCACAACGGACUCAGCGGUUUCUGAGCGCUGUGGUGAACUAUGCGCGUUUCAGAGAAGAACGCAUGCUUGAUUGUGACCAAUUCAUGUCGCAGACAGAAACUUUACUGGGACAGUUGCGUCAAAAGCUAGAUGACCACAACUUCCUGCAACUACAGGUUCAGAAACUCGAGGAAGCUUCCAGUUUUGCAGACGGGGAAACGCUCGUUUCGUUAGAAAGUAAUAACCGCAAUCUGGAAAACCAGUUGAAGAAACUUACACAGGUUCAGGAAACAUUUUCCAUCGAUUACAACAACUACAAAAGCAGUAAGCGUAAAAUGCUGGCCGAACUGGAAAGUUUGGGCUUUGAGCUGAUUGAGCUUGAAUUGCAACGUGGCAAGCUACAGCGCUACUCCGAAGCAGAUGUAGGAAGCUUACAGGCAAGUAUCAAAGAGCUGUCACAAGCCCUGGAGGAGCAAAGUGAAAGCCUUUCGAGGCUUCAAAAGCAGCACCGCAAUCUUGCAAAGGCUAUGUCAACAUUCCAAACGGUCACAACAGAGCUCUACGAGCUUCUACGAGUGAUUUCGACAGAUUUGCAGAAAUCACAUCUUCAGGAAGUGGGCAUCUUGGAGCUUAAAGAGCAGCUUUUGAACAAUAGGGCCAAAUUAGAACAUUUGCUCACAUCCGGGGUAACGGUUAAAUUGACGAAUAUGCAAACUCAGCUGGAAAGUCGUAAAAAAAGCAUCCGAGAGCUAGAAGACUCCACCCGAAUCGAACACCAAGAAAACUCCAGUGUGCUACACACUUUACAAACCCAAUUCUCACAAGAAAUCUUGCCGGAGGUUCGAAAGAUCGACGAGCAUGUGGAAAGUGAGCUUUAUGGCGUUGUCAUCAAGGGUCUGGAAAAAGACAUGCAACAGUUGAGGGAAGAUUUCAAAAAAGAAUCGGAUGCCAUAGAGCUCGAGUACUCGCUCUUGGCCACUCACAUAAACAAUUACAUGAGCAGCAUGCUUCAAAGGAUACGAUAA